GAACCCGACACUACGCUCCGCAGGAACCAUAUAUCGGACACGACGACUCCCGCUUCUGCGCUCUCCUGCCUCUGCUCCUUGCGCUGCGUGCCCGCGCGAGCUUUUCUGCUCCCGCCGCUAUCCUCUCCACGAUCCAAUGGGCUCGGCUUCAGAUGACACCAGGGAGCACCUGCUGGACGUGGACGGCGGCCUCGCCGGCGGCGGGCCCAAGAUACGGGUGCGCGGGCUGCGGCGGCGGUCGGAGGCGACCGGCCAGGACAUCCUGCGCGGGGUGGACCUGGACGUGCCGCGGGGCGUGGUGAUGGGCGUCAUCGGCCCCAGCGGCAGCGGCAAGUCCACGCUGCUCCGCGCGCUCAACCGCCUCUGGGAGCCCGCGCCGGGGGCCGUCACGCUCGACGGCGCCGACAUCUGCGGCAUCGACGUCCUCACGCUCCGCCGCAAGGUCGGCAUGCUCUUCCAGCUCCCCGCCAUGUUCGACGGAACCGUGGCCGACAACGUACGAUACGGGCCACAGCUGCGUGGCAAGAAGCUCACCGAUGUAGAGGUGAAGAACCUGCUGAGCCAGUCCGACCUCGACCCGGCCCUGUGCUCUAGGCCGGCGUCGGAGCUGUCCGUCGGCCAGGCACAGCGCGUCGCUUUGGCCCGCACCCUCGCCAACGACCCGGAGGUAGGCAUGAGCAUGAUCUUCGACUGCCGAAUUGCCCUCUCUCUUCAAGCCGAGAUCUUGCCGCAAUUCAAUGGUACUGAUACAUUUUUUGCCGGUCUCUGGUGUGGCAUGCAGGUGCUCCUGCUGGAUGAGCCGACGAGCGCGCUGGACCCGAUAUCGACACAGAACAUCGAGGAGGCGAUUGUUCGGCUGAAGAAAACGAGAGGGCUCACCACAGUGAUCGUCUCCCACAGCGUGAAGCAGAUCCAGCGGAUCGCGGAUCUGGUGUGCCUCGUGGUCGACGGCGAGGUCGUGGAGGUGCUCGCCCCAUCGGAGCUGUCUGAAGCCAAGCAUCCCAUGGCCCGGCGCUUCCUGGAGCUCAGCUAGCUGAAUGUUGAUCGCCCAGUGUACUGUGGAGUUUUUCGACCUUUGCUUAAUUCGCAUACGCAGCUGUAAUCAUGACCUGUGAGGACUUGGCUAUGAUGAAAAGAGAACCAGCAAAUCCCACUAAACCAUACAGGAAUAAGAUAUGCAUAAGUGCAUAACAAAUCAGCAUCUUAAUUCUGUAGAUAAGCAUAUGGUGUUGUCGAGGUGGUGCUACCAUCUCACGUCCUA